UGUCUUCUGGUACAAUGGAGGAGCAGAAUAAACCACCGAGUCAUCGGAAUGAGUCAACAUAUUCAAUUAAACCGUAUAAAGUAAUAGCUCAAUGUUUGGGAAUUUGGUGUAUGACGUGUCUCAAUGUAAUUCCGAAUAUCCAGCUGAUAAUUAUAUGUAUUUUAGUGGUGAUAAACGCGAUAAGUUUACUCCACGAAUUGAAUCCUGAAUGUGGAGAAGUGAAGGACGCCCUAAAGACAGCAUCGAUAGGCAUGUCCUCGUGCCUCGCUGUGAUAAAAAUUCUGAGCAUCCGUCUGAACAGCGAUAAAAUGCUGCCAAUAAUAACAUCGAUCAUGGAAGACUGGUCAUCAAUUAAAAAUGAAGACAAUCUGCGGAUAAUGAGCAGUGCAGCAAAAAUUGGUCAGAAAAUUUUAUUCUUUCAAUUAGGAUCAGCGUACCUGUCCGCCAUCCCCAUGUUCCUCUGUGGAGUUCAAAAUACCGUUGUUUUUGACGAUAAAAAAAAUGAGACUGAAGUGGUUAAACUAAUUCCCCUAGAAAAUCCAUGUUUUUAUAGAUAUAUAUUUGAUGAUUUUUACACUGAAAUUUAUCUCCUGCAAAUUCUACAAAUAAUUGCGACGAUACUAGGGAACGUUGGUUGCGACUGCUACUUCUUCGGCAUAACAAUGCAUUUAGUCGGCCAGAUAAAUUGUUUUGGCAGAGAUAUUGAAAAAUUUGAGCCACAGGAGGGUGAAUCGAAAAAUCAUGAAAUUCUGAGGGUCCUGAUCUUAAGGCACAUUCAUCUUAUGCGAAUGGCCGAUAACAUGGAGAAGACAUUCAACGUCGCCAUCCUGUUCCAGGUCAUCGCCAAUGUUCUGCAAAUUUCCAUGGCCGGUCUUCAAUUAUUAGUCAGCAUUCGCCACGGAGACGGAGGAACCAUGAUGAAUUUUACAAUUUUCAUUACCAUUUUUUUGGUUCAAAUAUCGUUAUACAGUUACGCAGGUGAUCGUUUAUCCUCAAGCAUCGGUUCCUUACAAAUUUCCCUAUACUGCUGCCCUUGGUAUCAGAGGGAUAGAAAAACCAGUAAGGAUUUUCUACUCAUGAUGACGCGAUACGGCAAACCCUUUCACUUAACGGCUGGAAAAAUUAUUCAUAUGAAUCUCGACAGCUACAAAAAUAUAAUUAAAACAUUGGGCUCGUACUUCUCAGUGAUGCAGGCGAUGUUUGAUGAAUAAUACGAGUGUCUGAGAACAUAAUUAUUUUUUCAAUGCCAAUGGCGAUUCAGGUGUGUUAUUUGUUGAUUGAAUUUUCU